CAUCUGUGCAGUCUGUGCUGCUACGAUCUGUUCCGUACCACCGCGCGGGGUUGCGGACAUGACCUCCCGCAUCCGGCGCUAAUUCAGGUUCGUGGCGCCACACGCGUCGUUCCAUCGCGCGCAAGCAAUCGACCAUGUCUGCAAUGCCCCGAUGCAAAGAGGCCUGUAUAGCCACAUAGUCUACAAUUUCCAUUCGGUAUUUCGAUAGUGUGGGCUGAUGACUUCCUCCGGUCAAACGAUCAAAGGCUCGCGCACUAUCCAGAAUACAUCCUCCGUUUUCUUCAUCGAAGGCUCAUUACCAAGUUGCAGCGUGAAGGAUACAGUACCGACAUGCCUCACGUCGCGUUCCCACCUCUUGGAAAUCCUCGCUCAAGGCGCCACUGCGGAUGUCAGCUAAUCCGGUGCCGAAAAAUUACUCGCUGCUUUUCCGAACGCUCAAACAGUGUCUCUUGCAACCCCAUCUAGAUGGCCAAACGUACUGUGCGACGCCGACUUUCUUGUCUCUCGCUGCUUUUACGUAAAUAGGCACCGUCCGAACUGCACACCGUACCCAUUCACGAUCCCCAAGAGAUGUACUCAGCGACUCACCAGCAAGUUGCUCAGCAUAGACCCCCUGUCCUUGCACAGCUCGCUUCUCGACCUGGCUUGCAAAUCUUGCCAAACGUGCCAUACCACCAUCCCCGUCGCGCCAUCAUGAGGGCCCGGGACCGAGACCAGUGGAAGCUCUCAUGUGAUGGCGUUGAGGGCAUCGGUCUGCUGGACGCAUACGAGAGACGACACCACCAUCUCGACGGUCGCGACGACGAGCUAUUCCCCGCGCAUUUUAUCAAGGUCACGAUCUCCAUUGCGCUCCGCGGAUACAAAAAAUACCGUCGCAUCAAGAACGUGCAGCGCACCCGCCACGGCAUCGCGCUCCCUGUGCUGCGGCACAGGGUAGUCGAGUGCGUUGCAGAGGCCGUGGCUGUAUUCUUGCAUCAGGCUGAGACCACGAGCGACCACGGCGGCACCUUCGUGUUCGGCCCUACUAGCAUCCAGCUGAGGGACCUGUACCUGCUCGAGCUGCACCGCCACGGCAAGACGCUUGUCCCCGUUUUGGGCUACGUGCCGCCGAGUCCUAGGCUCGAGCUUGGACCGCCUCCAGAUACCGGCGGGUUCACUCUAGAUUGGGAGAUCGCCUUCGGCUUUGCGCAGCUUCAGUAGCUCGCACACUUGCUUUGUUCUCACCUGGUAACUCUAGCCCCUCGACGAUGACGUCAUGUACUCUGAACUCAAACCUUA